CCGAUGACGCUAUCGUGCUGCGCCGGAGGAAGGUCACACGGGCUCCUCCAACAUGGCGGCAGCGGCGCUGCGGGCCGGCUGGUGCCGCUGCCCGCGGAGAUGCCUCGGGAAUGGAGUCCAGUUUCUUCCCAGCCAUAAGCUAGUGCCCCUGAGCCAUGGUUCAACCAAUCUGAUCCACUGGCCAGGUGGAGAGCUGCCCCUGUCUAGAUCCUAUUCUUCUGACAGCAGAAAAGGCUUCCUGUCUGGCUUGAUGGAUAACAUCAAACAGGAGUUAGCCAAAAACAAAGAAAUGAAAGAAAGUAUUAAAAAAUUCCGAGAUGAAGCCAAGAAGCUGGAAGAGUCAGACGCGCUCCAGGAAGCCCGAAGGAAAUAUAAAACCAUCGAAUCUGAGACAGUCAGGACCAGCGAGGUGAUCAGGAAGAAGCUAGGAGAACUCACAGGCACUGUGAAGGAGAGUCUUGACGAGGUCAGUAAAAGUGACUUUGGCCGGAAAAUCAAGGAGGGCGUGGAAGAAGCAGCUAAGACGGCCAAGCAGUCGGCUGAGUCGGUGUCCAAGGGCGGGGAGAAGCUGGGCAGGACCGCAGCCUUCAAAGCCCUCUCUCAGGGUGUGGAGUCUGUGAGGAAGGAGAUCGACGAGAGCGUCUUGGGCCAGACAGGGCCCUACCGGAGGCCGGAGCGACUCAGGAAGAGGACCGAGUUCGCGGGAGAGAAAAUCAAGGAAGACAAAGUGUUUGAGCCUAACGAGGAGGCCCUGGGUGUCGUGCUCCACAAAGAUUCCAAAUGGUACCAGCAAUGGAAGGACUUCAAGGACAACAACGUGGUCUUUAACCGCUUCUUCGAGAUGAAGAUGAAAUAUGACGAGAGUGACAAUGCGUUCAUCCGCGCAUCCCGGGCGCUUACGGACAGGGUCACAGACGUGCUGGGGGGUCUCUUCUCAAAGACGGAGAUGUCCGAGGUGCUUACGGAGAUCCUGCGGGUGGACCCCGCCUUUGACAAGGACCGCUUUCUGCAGCAGUGUGAGGAUGACAUCAUCCCCAACGUCCUGGAGGCCAUGAUUGCUGGGGAGCUGGACAUUCUCAAAGACUGGUGCUACGAAGCCACCUACAGCCAGCUGGCCCACCCCAUCCAGCAGGCCAAAGCACUGGGCCUCCAGUUCCACUCCCGCAUCCUGGACAUCGACAACAUCGACCUGGCCAUGGGCAAGAUGAUGGAGCAGGGACCCGUGCUGAUCAUCACCUUCCAGGCCCAGCUGGUGAUGGUAGUCAAGAACCCAAAGGGCGAGGUGGUUGAAGGUGAUCCGGACAAGGUGCUACGCAUGCUGUAUGUGUGGGCGCUCUGCCGGGACCAGGAUGAGCUGAACCCCUAUGCUGCCUGGCGGCUCUUGGACAUCUCAGCCUCCAGCACCGAGCAGAUCCUCUAAAUGGGG